UUGUCAUGUAAAGAGACCACCGCCUCGCCAUUGUCUGCAAAGACUGCCAAGUUUAAUAUAAACACCACUAGCUGCACAGGCGGAGCAGUGCGCUGUCAAAGAGAGCUCAAGAUAGCGGAGACAGUCAGGGAGCAGAAAACGAGGAAAGUGGGUGCGUGCGAGGGAGAUAAAAAGAGAGGGAGAGAGAGGGCGCAAGCUGUCAGAACCGAGAAACUGCAACAUUUGGACUGCACUCAAGACGUCUCAUUCCGACGGUGCGCCACACAAGAAAAGUUGGACUAUCCUUUUUAUGCCGCGAAUUCGCCCGGUUCUUGCCCUUUCCCCAUUUGUUGCCAGAACUCGCACUCGCCGGUAAAACUCGCUCGCCAGAGUCUGCUGUGCUGCCUCUCAUGUACAAAAUGGAUUACUCUUACCUGAACACCUACGACUCUUGCAUGGCAGCGAUGGAAGCCUCGGCCUAUGCGGAUUUCAACUCCUGCAGCCAAACCAACACUUUCCAGUACAACCCCAUCCGGACCAGCUUCGGCGCCAACCCGGGCUGCCCUCCCCUCAGCACCGCCAGCUGCACGCUGGGUGCCUUGAGAGACCACCAGCCCGCUCCUUACUCCACAGUGCCCUACAAAUUCUUUUCGGACCCUUCGGGGCUGAACGAGAAGCGCAAACAGAGACGCAUCCGCACGACCUUCACCAGCUCGCAGCUGAAAGAGCUGGAGAGAGUGUUCGCGGAGACUCACUACCCCGACAUCUACACCAGGGAAGAACUGGCUCUGAAAAUCGACCUCACUGAAGCUCGAGUCCAGGUUUGGUUCCAGAACAGACGAGCCAAGUUCCGCAAACAGGAGCGGGCCGCCAACUCGAAAGGAAACGGCGGCGCGGCUGGGGGUAACGGAAGCGCAGGAGCCAAGAAGGGCGAGCCCCGGUCCUCGUCCGAGGACGAUGAAUCGAAGGAGUCGACCUGCAGCCCGACUCCGGACAGCACCGCUUCUCUUCCCAGCUCAGGAAACAUGGGGAGCCCUGGGAGCAGCCUGAGCCCCAGCCCGGUCUCCGUGUCAACAGCGGGGGUGGGUUUUGUGAACACCUCCUCGGCAGUCCCCCAGGGCCUCAAAUCCCCAGGCUGGCCUAGCAUGGGCUCCGCAAGCAGCGGGGGGGUGAACCCCACUGGAGUCCAAGGCUCUGACCUUUUGAAGGCCUGGCAGCCCUCGGACAGCAUGGCGGGCCCCUUUGCUGGCGUGCUGUCCACUUUCCAUCGGAAGCCCAACACUCUCAAGACAAACCUCUUCUAGAACUCUGCAGAACUCCUUAGUGAGCUGGACUCCUUUAAUUUAUUUCACCCGGACAGUCACAGAGGGGGAGAAUGCGUGUCCGAAAUAACCAAACAGUACUACCACCCCGUCUCCUCCAACUGUUAUUGCCACAAAAGUGUUUGUAGUUUAGGAUACAGGUCGAGAAAAGCCACGGACAGUUCUAGAACUGGACCCCUUGGUGUUUGUUUUUUUUUUGUCUCUUAUAAGCUGCAGUUUGUCAAGGAAAUGCUGGUUCAGGCUCCUUGUAUUUCAGUGUGAUCCUAGAAUUUCUGUCCUUCUGCCUGUGGGGAUGGAAGAGACUUAUUGGGAACUACUUGGGUCUGCAUUAUAUUAAUUCCUGCCGAGUUUGAAAUGAACAAACAAAAGAAAUGAGGCCCCUAGAAUUCUCUGAAAGUGAAAAAAAAAACUGUCCACUGUUAAUCAGUAAGCACAGCUCCCCUUCAACAUAUUCUGGUCAAAGAUUUAAAUUAUGUCAGGCAUUGUUUUAGGGAAUUUUUAUUUCUUUUAUUUAACUAUUUAUGUUUGUAACAUUUAUUCAGUCCUGUUCUCUGAAACAAGAGAAAGCAAUUAUUUUUCUCACAUACUCAGCAUUUGUUUGAAUCCUUACCUUUCAUACACUGUACUUUCUAGUGAUUCAUAGAUUCACUCUGUGUUACCAAUAACUUGCAGGUGGGGUUAUGUGCUUUCUAGUGAUCAGGACACUGUAAAUCCUAAAGCAAUAAUCCAAAACAAUAUCUGAAAGAGGAAAAAUGGCAAUUACUGAUUCUUGCUCCACUAGCACUGACAGCAGUGGAGUCCUCAAGAACAGCACAUUUAGUCUUCUAUAAAACUGUAAUGUGGGAGAGAACUCGGUUUCCUUAGUUUUAAUUUAAUAAAUUAUGUGACCCAAUAACAUUAAAAAAAUAAGAGCAGAAUAAUUUAUUGAACAAAACCAUAUGUGACCUUUAGUUAGUCAUAUCUUUUUUAAUAUAGUUAUAAAAUAUUGUAACUUAAAUAUUUGUAAAUAGAAUAUAAAUAUUAGAUAGUGAGGUUUUAAGUUGCAGUAACAAUUCUGACAUUCCAAAGACAAUUUAUAUAAGCUUGCAGUUUGACAGAAGGCUUUUUUUCCUUGGCUCUCCAAUUUAGUCCUUUAAUGAGUAACCUUUCCAAACAAUAUAAUGCUUCCUGUACUCUGUUGACAGAGCAUCUUGUAUUUAACUCUUUGUGAAAGUAAUGAUUAACACUACUAGUGUUCUAUUGGAAGUGACUGGUGAGAAGGCAAGCAAUUCUCAUCUUUUUCUCACGGCCAAAAUUUUCUUAUGGUGACUGUUGUAUGUCGUCAAGGUGACUUUGAUGGUACUUUCCUAAUCUGGUAUUCCCAAAAUUAAAUACACAGGGCUCAAAUGGACAUUUUACUCCAGCAGAUCACCUUUACACGUUGACAGCUAAGGUCACUGGGAGGAAAGACAAGUAAGCCAGGGGGAAAAAAUCAACUCUUAAAACUCAGCAAUUAAAACUACUGUUUUGGGUGAUGUCAUUUAGAUGUCGGACACAUGUUAUUAACGUCCAAGUACUUUGUGCUUUCAAAGUUUUUCCAAAUGUGCAGUACCAAGAGAAGAAUGAUAUAGAGGCGCGUGUCAUCUUGGCCAAAGUGCCUAAACGAAGGCCAGGCUUGAGGACUGAAGGCUGUUCCUUAAAACGGUUUCAACUUCAUCAACAUCUAAGCUUUUCAAGUGACUGGGGGGGAAAAAAGUCUUCUGAAGAGAAAACUGGAAAUGUAGGUGAUAUAAGAUUUGCUUUCUAUUGCUGGAUGUAAAUGCUUUUCAGUUACAAUGUCUAGAACCAGGGACAGUCAGGGCUGAAGGACGAGACUCUGUUUGGUGAAAAUGCACUGCCAUCGGCGCUCCUUCAUUCUGCAUAAAGGAUGGAUGUUGCUUUGCGCUGAAUUUGAGGUGUUUCUGACUGUACUGUGGUUUACAUUUGUUUAAAGAAGAGUCUAUAUUAGUAGAAGAUGGUAGACUUUAAACACUGUAUAGCUGCUAAUAAGACCCAGAACUCAAAAUCCUACUUGCUUAAACAUUGUAUAUUUUUUCUAAUGUGUGAUAAAUGUUACAUUAUCAUAAAAUAUUAAAUAC